AUGAAGAUUCUACCAUAUGGUGUUAUUGGAAGAGAUAAAGAUGGAAACCCAAUAUUUGAUCCGAAGUUAAAAUUAAUGAUACCAAUGAAAUCAUUUCAUGGAGUACUUAUCCCAGGUUCUUCACAAUUAGCCGGGGCGAGUGUUGUGGCUCAAGGUGGAACAUUAGCGAAUCCAUUCAAAUUAACUAAAGAUGAACUUAAUAAAAUGACCAUUUCGAAUUCGUUUGCAAAGGUGGUGCAGUGA